GAAAGAUAUGCAUUUCAGUUCACUGAGGAGAGUGAAUCUGUCAGGGAAGAAAUAGAUGUGGAUCUUGACAAUCGAACAGAAUUAAUCAGAGUUCCUGGACAUAAUAAUAAAGCACCAAUGGAAGUGAUGAAUGACUUCGUCGAGGUAAGUUAUUUUGUUUGCUUUAAGGGACUGACCAUUUGACUUUUGAGGGGCGUAUGGUUGAUUUCAGAAGGAAAUAACCUGUAGACUGAUUUCAAGGGGAAAUGAUUCUUGCAAGGAAAUAGCUGGCGAGAAAAAAUUGCCACACUGAAAAAAUUUCUUUCAAAGCAUAUAAACUGAGCUCAAAUAGUCGGUCCCUAAGCAAGGACGUUUUUGAGCGACGUACGUCAACUGGAAACAAGAGCCGCUUUCACCCUUCCAAUCUGCCAUAACGCUUUCAAAUUUGUAUUCCUAAGUGACUUUAGUCUUAUGAAGACGAUUUGGUCGAAACGGUUGGGCACAACCACUGCACUAGACUGAAAACAGACCACUUGGGGUUAACGCACGUCGCUCAAAAACGUCUUUGCUUUUGUUUUCAAUUCAAAGACCAAGGACUAGAAUCAUGCAUUCACUCUUUUCAUUUAUUUUCUUCCCUCAGGGUCUGACAGCUCGUCGUCUUCCAUUAUCUAAAGAAUGUUACGUGUCUAAGUUGGACCCAGCUUUACCUACCCCAGAGAAGCUGAAGCUUGACAUGGAACUGGUAUGUUUGCUUGUCAAAUCUAGUGUAACGUAUCAAGGGUAACAUUUCACCAGAAAUUACCUAUUGCCUUUGUUCUCAAUUCUGACAGAAAAGUCUUUUUGUGGAUUGUAUACGCGAGUUUUCAAGAUUAAUCAUGAACUACUAAGAAGAGUAAUAACAUUGUAUAAUUAACAAUUAUUCCACGAGGGCGCGUUGGAUAUGAGAUGAUAGAUAGCCAACGAGGCGCGAAGCGCCGAGUUCGCUAUAAUCAUCUCAUAUCCAACAAGUGCGAGUGGAAUAAUUGUUUUAUGAAAAACGCCCACAAAAUCUCGUUGGCACUAGAACAACCAAACCGGAAAACACAAGGGACUUCCGCUAUUCACAUGUCACAAGUCUAUCAAAACUGUCAGAGGGUCUGAAUGGGGGGUCCACUUGUCGCUUGUUGGUUAAAAUUUAGUUCCUUUGUCGGUAGUCGGUUAAAAUUUUCGAUCUUUGUCGGUUGUAGGUUAAUCUCAGUUAAUAAGUAAAAAUGCAUGUUAAUUAUUAAUAUUGGUUAUGCUUUUCCCUCAGUUUCAAGACUUUGAUCCCUAUAAAACAUGUAAAAAUUGUAAAAAUGCAUCAUUUGAUUGAACUUAAACUUCAUUAUGCAACUUGAUAGUGUAUUUCACCAAAUCUUUUAUUGCAAAUGCGAACUUGGCUUCCCUGUUGAUUACAGGGCACUAUAAAAAGUAAUGAAGAGAGGUUAAUCGGACACAGAGGGAAAUGCCCACUCUAACCUUUUGGAUACGUAAAUUAUUUUUGGUGAAAAACUGCAAGGGGUGACAGGUUGCACAUCUAUACCGGCGUGAAACCGUGUGUUGACCUUUAAUAUUUUGGCUCUAACAAGUAUGUUCUUUGCCACUGGUUUGGGAGUUUUCCUUUCUUGUAGGAAAUAAGGGGUGGUUCUUUAAAAAAUUAGCGAAGUAGCGGUUGGUUUUGUAUGAUAUUCCACUUUUCCAUUAAAGCUUCUUUUACAGUAGACACUAAGGGCUGGUAUUGUGUCACGAAAGGCAACAUUUCUUUCCUUCCUUGUUCAGUUUUGUUUUGUUUUUUGUUUGCGCGGACUUCGGUUUCUGUGAGUUUCAUUUAUUUCUGAUUGCAAUUUGUCUUUCAAAUUGUGUUGGUAGCCUCUGUUCAUCAUCAACAAUCAAGCGUUCUUUUGAAUUUUGAAACACUUUCCUCAAACUCUUUUGACAAAUCGGUGGGUGAUAAGGGGCAAAAUGUGUGCUGGAAGGUUUCCGUAGUCUUUACAUCAAGGAUAACUUUUUCGUUUAAUCUUGUGCCUUUGUAUACAACUGUGUCUAAAAUCAUUGUCUCAGUGAAUUUCGGUGGUGAAUUUAAUAGUAGGAUCAUGUAAGUUUGCUUCUUCGAAGAAAGUUACGAUGUCUGGUCUAAAGACGGUUUAGCUUAGACUUUGUGUUUCAAUGUAUGACAUGAAAAUGUUGGCAGAGGAAACUGCUGUCUUUGUGCCCAUCGCGGUACGGUGGGUUUGUAGGUAGAGCUUUCCAUUGAUCUGGAAAGAAUUUUCUUCGAGGGUUAGUCUAAUCAUUUCUCGCAUUUAAUGUGUAGGACUAGGCGGGUUGUAGAAAUUUUUGGCAUACGUUCUGCAAGUCCGAUUUCAAUAUCCUCGUUUUGUGGUAUAUUUGUAAAAACACUUCUGACGUGGUAUCUUUGGUUACUUACUAGAAAGGUAGAAAAAAUACAAUAUACUCUUCUUUCUGAAAAAAUGUAGAUAAUGUCGGUCCAUGUCGGUAAUCGGUUAAUAAUUUUCCUGUCGGUAGUCGGUAAUUUUUUCGCGUUUUGUCGGUAGUCGGUAAUAUUUUUUGCCGUUUGUCGCUAGUCGGUUAACCCCAUUCACACCCUCCUGUCAACGCGCGAACGGACUCGCCUGGACUGCGUAAAUGGAAAAUCAAAACAUUGUAGCGAUGAACAUUAGUUUUUUUACAAACUCAUCGGGAUUCUAGGAUUUUACACAGCAGAACAGCUAAAAAAACCUGGCAGAUAAUGUGAAGGAAAAGAAUUUUUAAGUGACAGCAGUCGAAAUUACUGUGAAUUUGGAUUUUCGGUGCAGUUAUAAAAGUAAGAACAACGGAGAAAAACUAUUACCUCGGUCGCUUGUUAUGAAGUUGUUUGAAGCCACAAGCUGGUUUUGCUGAACGAGAAAAGAAGCUAUACUGCCGCCUCGAUUGCUCCAGUGAAUGGCUGCAUAGCCUGUAUUUGUAGCUGGUUACUUGUGAUUUAUAUUCUUGAUGUCGGAUAAACAAGCCGCAGUUAUCUAUCGGCGAGUGACUCGAUCGGCGAAUGGCUUCGCGAUCAUGAAGAAACAACACUUGUCUUCUUUCGUAGCUGGUCAAGGUACUUUAGUUCCAUGUGUUUUCAUGUGUUUUUCGACAAACUUUCAAACAAGCUCCUGUGGCUUUUUUGUUUGUUUUUGUCUUUUUUCUUUCGAUGAAAUUGCAUUUCUAGUAUUCUAAGAAAUGAAUCAAGACAAUUUGAUUCGGGCGCCGUUCUAUCCUUCUCGAAAAAAAAUCUCAGCUAACUUCCAAUUUUAAACUGACGCGUACACCGACCAUAUAUGGAGAGCAUGGUAUAAUAGCUCAUAUACCAUAACGGCUAAGCCAAUCAAAAUGCUAGAAUUGCAUUAUCCAAUGAUUCAGUUUUUAAUAAUUAUAUAUAGAUACAAAGGCAUGAAUACGCGUCAAUGACCAGACGUUUUCAAUAGUGUUGAUAAAUUUCUAGUAACAAUUGAUUCAACAUUUUCUGCAAAAAAAGUAAACCUUUCAUUCAAAUUAAAGGCAACACAGCAACCAUUGUCCGAUGAGAAAGUAAUAAAGGAAACAGCCACAAGAAUCUUGGGCUUUGCAGAUCGGUUAGCAUUACCGCAGAGGAUUCUGGACUUUUGUGGCAGUCUUCCCAUCUACGAAGUUGAAGAAGUGCCAGUGGAG